AUGGCGUCAGCAGCAACGAUAACGCCACAGGUAAUCUCUCUGCACGAACAUUCUAUCGAAAAUACAGAUCUCAUGGACGAAGCUGCUAAAUGGGCAACAGUUAUCAGGUCCAAUCUCACUAAAUUACAAAAUGACGAAGAAAUUCUUGCCGUGCCCUGCUCAGUACGAUCUCGCACCCGGCCAACCACUCUCGCUCCUCUUAUUGCUUCUUUGAUCUACCCAGCACCGGUAGGCAGUUUUGCACAGGUGGUGAACUACGAGCGCGAUGUUGCUACCCUAAAGGAAGCGCUGCGCCUACAAAAGAGACACCAUGAGGGAUCCAUGCAUCAUAAAAACCCAUCUGAAAAAGGUCGUAGACCCCGUUGGUCUGAUCGAAUCCUUGCUCAAGGCCCUUGGGAUCAAAUAGCCACAGCCGAGAUGCUCAAAGGUGUCCGGAGCCUACCAAUGCCAGUAGAUAUCAGCAAUGCUGAAUCUCUCUCCCCGUUUUUCAACCACCUCAGGCUCGGAGGCAGCAAUGAAGUGGUAUCUGAUACGGCCGGUAAUGGUCAAGAGACGGUAGAGCCUUACUACAAUCUCCCCAUGCUCGAAUUUGAAAAGGGAGUCUUGUUUGCAGAUCGACGGAUGGAUCUCUGCAAAAUGGCUCUUGGCCCUCCCAAUGUCUCAACUCUCAUGCAAAGCUUGCGAAACAACACGUUUGUUCAGCACUUCCUCCUUGGUAACAACAUCAUCGGGCCAACAGGUGCGCGUGCAAUCGCGGACUUCAUCCUCGAGUUCCCCUGCCGCAUCGAUACCUGGUAUCUCGCUGGUAACUGUAUCGACAGUCAUUCAUUUUCCCUGAUAGCCGAUGCCCUCGUUAAAUCCACUGCCGUCACAAACCUUUGGCUGAAAAGAAAUCCCCUUGGCCCAGGUAGCACGGACUCUAUCUUUCGUCUCAUCGCCAAUACCCCAAACCUCCGGACACUCGACCUCGAUCAGACCGAACUCGGCGAUGCAGGUGUAGUUGCUCUAUUCAACAAACUUGCGACAUAUUCUCCUUCAAUUCCCUUGUCUCUGAAAGCCAUAUAUCUCUCGGGUGUAGGCAUAUCAAUAGCCGCCUGUGAGGCCAUGGCAUCAUAUCUUGCCUCCCCACACUGUGGGUUGACAUCUCUUUACAUGUCCAACAACCCUAUCGGUGAUGCUGGAGCAAGGGCCCUUGCAGCGGGGCUCCAACAUAACAGAUCCAUUCAGCGUCUUUGUCUUCAAUCAAUCGGACUAACGGGCACAGGUGCCAGAGUACUGAUAUCAUCAUUACACAAUCACCCCACUAUUCAAACUUUAGAUAUAGGCCAAAGUUAUUCAACAGAGGAUUUGGGUGUUAGGUUCAACUACCUCGCCUCUGUAGAUACCAUCACUGCCCUUACUGUUCUACUGACGACAUCAUCGGCCCCCCUCACUUACCUCAAUCUCGGCCCACAGCCCAUUGACACCACGACAGCUAUACCACUUGUCUCCGCAGCACUGCAAUCAAAGUCUAUACUGCACCUCUCUCUAAAGCCACUCAUCCCCUCGGAAAGACCAAAAGAAGACAUACAAUACCAACGUCUUACAAAGGCGCUCUUUUCCCAUAACUUGUCAAACAUCCGUACACACUACAACAAUCCCAAUAUGACCUAUAAAGAAUGGGACGAUGAUUUGAAAAGAUGGUGCGUCAGCGAUGAGACUAGUGUGAGGAAAAUCGACAGUGUGUAUAGGAAUCGCGCUGCACAGAAAGCAAGAAAGGGAGAGGAAGUUUUGAACAAGUGGCUGGAUGAAAAGGAUAAGGCGAUAGUCGAGGAGGUCAUGUAUGGGAAGUGGUAA